AUGGGGCUCGAGACCGUUGCGUCGCCUCUGGCCGAGCGGUUGCCCCGAUUCGGUCUCGACAACGUGCACCUGGAGGUGGUCGAGGCCUCAACGACGUCGCACCCGGCACCUGAGCUCGACCCCUUGGACAAGUGCAAAGGGGGGACGUCCCUAAUUUCGCUCCCGAAUUCCACGGAUGUGGCGGCGAAACCCCGUGGCUCGGACGAAAAGAAUCGCGAUACUACGGGACUUUCGAAAGCCGAGCGAUUCGUGGGUUGGGUCCAGCACCUUCGUCGGACCUUUGGCACGUCGUUUCUGAUCAUGAUCAACAUCGUGUAUAUCGCUCAGGGGUUUUCCAGCUUUACCGUGUUGGCGAUCAACUUUUUCUUCAAGGAGAACUUGCGUCUGGAGCCGACGCAGUCGCAGCUGCUGCAAAUGUUAAUGAAAGUGCCGUGGCGUGUAAAGCCGAUCUAUGGUAUUCUAUCGGAUAGCUUACCACUGUGCGGCUAUCACCGCAAGUCCUACAUGGUGCUCUGCAGUAUCUUGGGUAUCGCUGCAGCACUUGCUUUGGCCCACCCAGACGUGGUCACGACGCCAACGGUGGCUGUGCUAGUGCUCAUGCUGCAAAGCUUGUCGUCUGCCGUGAUUGAUGUGGUGGUUGAUGCACGGGUUGUGGAAUUCUCGAGACGAGACCCGAAGAAUGGGGCCAAUGAUUUACAGUCACUGUCGUGGAUAUCAGGGUCACUGGGUGGUAUGCUUGGAGCCUUCUUGUCGGGUCCUGCCACGGACAAACUAGGCGCUCGUGGUGUUUUUGGCGUGUCGGCUCUGGGUCCGCUUACGACGUUGCUGUUUUCCAUCUACAUGGAGGAAUCGAAGAGUACGCUGAGCAAGCGCCAGUUUGUCUCUUCGGCCACAAAGCAGCUACGACAGCUCAGGGUUGCCAUUUGUACCCCUGUGAUUUGGAAGUGUGCGUUGUGGGUGUUCAUUUCCCAUGCACUCAGUCCAGCGUACACGCAGGUACUUUUCUACUUCUCAACGGACGUGCUGCAGUUUACUCCCGAGUUCAUGGGCACGGUGUCGGCCAUUGGCUUUAUCUUCUUGAUGGUUGCAACGAUAUUGUACAAUUCGUUCUUCACGAAUGUGUCCUUCCGCCGCAUCUUCCUCGUCUCUCAGCUAUGUUUGGCUCUCGUGUCGCUGGUGGAUGUCAUCCUCGUGACGCGUACGAAUCUGCAGCUUGGUAUUCCUGACAAGGCUUUUGUACUCGGUGACCACGUGGUCGCUGAUGUAAUCGGUCGGCUGAAAACCAUGCCUAUCGUGGUUCUCUGUGCGAAGUUGUGCCCCAGAGGCAUUGAAGGUACGCUGUUUGCGUUACUCAUGUCCAUAUCCAAUGUCUCGUACAGUGUGAGUGAGUUCUGGGGCGCUCUUCUUUGCGACUGGGUGGGCAUCACCAAGGACGAGUACGAAAUGCUGGGUAUUGCCAUCGUGGUUCGGAGUGCGUUCAAAGUGGUGCCCAUUUUCUUCCUCUUCUUGAUACCGUCUUCCGACCCGCAAGAUAUCAUCGAGAAGCUCGAUUUGGGUACGUCAAGCCGCACUGCUUUGGAAGACGAUGACGAACAGUCUGGCACAAUUCAAGAAGACCAUCCAGCAGAAUCUUGCUCGCCUUCAGAAAAGAUAGUAUUGAAAGGCACGGCUGUCGCUGUCCUUUGA